AUGUUGCAGGAAGCUUCGAAAAUAUUGAUCACGAAGAAGAUGGACGAUAUUUUUGAUGCUUACCUCGGCUUUCACGAUGAUCAGCUCGCAAAUACGAUCUGGGAACUAAUUAAAAACAGCGAAAGUCCUAGUGAUCUACAAAAUAUUCUUCAGAAUGCCUCUUCUGAGACUCAAUUUAUCACCAACGGGGGUGUAGUGAAAUAUGUUAACCCCGUUUCUUCCGAGUCGGAGACGAAUCAUUUUGAUCUGCCCGAGGAGCUGCUUCUCGAUAUGUGGACUUUUGUGGAUGAUCACAGGAAUGGACGACUGGAUAAAAUUUUGCGGGCCGAACCGGAAACAAGUGAAACAGAAGAAAUUUGA